AUGAAUUCAAAUCCCUAUAGCCACAACUUCGUUGAUCUUCUAAACAGUCAACAAGAAACAGUCUUUGGUUUUAAAGAUGAUAGUGUGGAACUAUCUUCAUCGCACGACCCUUUUUUUGGCAGUCAAGCAACCGAAGCUUCAAACUAUGUUGAAGAGACUCCUGUAGAACAUAGAGAAAGGAGGAUCUGGACGCCAAUAGAUGAUGUUGUCCUCAUCAGCUCCUGGCUAACACAAGCAAGGAUCCGGAUUGCAGCAUACUUUGCUGCAAGUCCGAAGGUAGCAGGCAGUGAACACAGAGAAGCUAGUCACUGCAAGCAACGCUGGCAGAAGACAAAUGACCAAGUCAACAAGUUUAGUGAGGCUUAUGAAGCUGCAAAGCAUGCUUGGAAGGAGCUGCGUAAUGACCAGAAAUGGUGUGAGAUUUCUAAGUCCAAAACCCAUGGAAGCGCUAAUAAAAGGAGGAAGCUUGAUGAAGGUGCUCAGUCAUCAACCUAUCAUGUAUCCGAGGCUAAUGAUGGUGAUACUGAUCGUCUCCCGGGUGUUAAGGCAGCAAAGGGGAAGGGUAAGAAGAUGAAUGCAGAGGGGAAGGCACUUUCUGAGUUUGAGAGUAUGUGGAGCUUCUUGAUAGUCUAA